AUUCUCAUAAACUUGCCAGGUCCAGACAGCAUCCACGCAAAAGUUCUUAAAGAACUGAAACGUGAAAUUGUUGACUAGCUAAGAAAAUAUGUAACUUGACCUUGAAAUUAGCCUUGAUGCCAAAACACCAAUUUUUAAAAAGGCAUCCUGGAAAUGAGGGGAAAUGGGUGGAAAGCAUUAUCAAGAAUAAAAUCACCAAGGAUACAGGAGAACAAGUCUUGAUAAAGUGGAACCAGCAUGACUUCCGAAUGGGUAAGUGAUGUCUCACUAACCUAUUAAGAGUUGAGUGUGUCAACAAGGAUAUAGAAUUAUAGAGGCAAUCCAGCUGAAAUUGUGUACUUAUACUUUCAAAAAGCUUUUGACAAGUACCUCAACACAGAGGUAAGCUUAGUGUAUAAGCUUAGCACUCGUGGAAUAAGAGAGGUCCUCUUAUGGACUGGCAACUGGUUAAAAAAACUGGAAGCAGACUAGGAAUGGACAGAAAAUUGAGUCCCCCAAGAGUUUGCAUUGGGACCUGUACUUUUUAACUUGUUCAUAAAUACCAUUUAGAGUUUGAGUCACCUAACCUCAAAAAGAAUUAUUGUAGAGCUGGAAUACAUUUAAAAAAGGGCAACCAAAAUGAUCAAGGGGAUGGUGCAACUCCCCUAUGAGAAAAUGUUACAUUUGGGGCUUUUCAGUUUAAAGAAAAGGUAAGAGGUGACAUGAUAGAGGUGUAUAAUAUGCAUGGCAUUGAGGAAGUAGACACAGAAAAGUUUUUCGUCCCUUCUUACAACACUGGAACUUGUAGACAUCCAAAGAAGCUAAAGGUUGGGACACUUGGGACAGAUAAAAGAAAGUACUUCUUCACCCAGUGCAUUGUUACUAUAGAAUUUGCUCCCCUAAGAGGCAGCGAUGGCCACCAUCUUGGAAGGAUUGAAAAAGAGGAUUAGACAAAAUUCAUGCAGCAUAAAUCUGUCAGUGGCUACGAGCCACAGCACCUGGCUAUGUUCUACCUCUGAAUGCUAGUUGCUGGGAAUCACAAGUAGGGAGAGUCCUGUUGAUCUCGGGUCCUAUUCUCAGACUCCCCAUAGGAAUAUGUGAGAACAGGAUUCUGGACUAGAUGGGCCAUUGACUUGAUCCAUCAGGCUUUUCUUAUUGGGCUUUUGCUAUGGGCUGCUUGCCAGGAAAAAACCCCACAUUUGUCCCCACCCCUCUACAGCUAUAGCCCCUUGUUCAUAGCCUUCAUAAUAAUGAGAGUAUCAGCCAUCUGGGCUGCAUUCAUGAUAGAAUGUGUUGAAUGUGUUGAAACUGGCCAGACUCCAGGAAAUUAUUAACUACAAAUAACUAGAAAUGCCACACAAGUGUUAAAACAGCACAAUGGGGGUGAAUUACAGGCAGUAUCGUCAUUAAAAUGCCUCAGUUUCAGGUUGGAAGUUUCACAACGCACACUUACCUGGGAGUAAAUCACAUUAAAUUUAAUGAGUCUAAUUGACAAAGCAGAUUGGCUUCAUUGUGGAUAAAAGCAGAGAAAUAUUGAUAAUCAUUUUAGUUGUUCAAUGAAUUAAUCCCUUAGCAAGGCAUUUAUUUUUCACUGUAUUACUUCCUCACACUGACUUCAGUGCCUAUUGACACAGGCCCACUUGCUAUGUUUUAACUACCUGCUGAUUAACUUUUUAUUUCUGCAAGCCUACCAAGAAAUAUAAUUUAGCUACCUACGUUUGUUUUAAAAGUCUUCCUUAUUUUGUCUGUGUUUUAAUGAGAAUUAUUUUAUGUAUAUUUGUAUUUUAAUAAUUCUGUGGAAUCUACCUGUUUUAUCUACAAUUUUAUUGAUAUGCCACUUAGAUCAAUCUUUGAUCAAGUGGUUUAUAAAUCUUAUAAAUAAAAUAAAUUCCCAUUAAGUGACUACAAAAUGAAACGGCUUGCAACAAGGCUGCAAUCCUAUACCCAGUCUCCUGGGUGUAAACCCUGUUGAACUCAACGAGGCUUAUAUUUGUAUAUAUGUGUGUAUAGGAUUGGGCUGUCUCCUUGCUGCUAUAGAGACAUGGCAUUUUCUAACCAGUUCUUAAGUUCAGCUGUGCAAUCCUAACCAUGUCUACUCAGAAGUAAGCCCUACUUAAUUCAAUGGGGCUUAUCCCCAGGUAAGUGGGGUUAGGGCUGCAGCCUAGAGCCAGUGUGGCGUAGUGGGUAGUGCUAGUCCAAAUCCCUGCUAAGCCCACUAGAUAGUUCAGUUGGUUAGUGUGGUGCUGUUAAUGCCAAGUUUGCAGGUUUGAUGGGACAGCUGCAUAAUCCUGCAUUGCAGGGGGUUGGACUAGAUGAUCCUCAGGAUCCCCUUCCAGCUCAACAAUUAUUCUAUGAAGCUCCCUAGGCAGUCACAGUCUCUCAGCCUGACCUACCUCAAGAGCGUUGUUGUGAGGAUAAAAACUGGAAGGAGAAGAGAAUCGUGUGGGCAACCUUGUACCCUUUGGAGGAAACGUGGGCUAUAGACGUGACAAAUAAAUUAUGAAUUCGCUCGCCGCUUUGAAUGACAAAUGGGGUUUACUGUCUUUCCAAUACCGGGGAAGUUCCUGCUAACUUGCAGUGCGCGUUUUACCAGUCCGGCCACUAAAAUACUGGCUUGCUGAGCACAUCUAAACCCCAGAUAAUGCUCAAACUUCAGAUUCACACAGAACAGCUGAUGAGAAACAGGUCAGCAUUACCAGCUCCCCGCCAUAUAAACCUCCAUCAUCUUGUGAGUGGCGGGGGCAAGGACAACAGGCUCCACGAAGCUUACACCGGCGCUUCCGGUGCCUAAUAGAACAGGACAGGCAACGCCUCCCCCACCUCCCGCCCCAAAAGGGACACGAUACUAUAGAGAUGUGUGCCUAGAGAGGCCGCAUAUUUUAUAUUACGUUUUCCCGCCUCACACAUGGAAACUGGUAACGCACCAGAUGGGUUACUUGUCUGCUCAACCCAUAGAGAUAGAAACAGGUAGAGUCGCUAAACUUCAAGUAAAACAUCGAAAGCCAUCGUCGCCCGUGAGCGCGCCGUUUCAGACUUCGGCGUCUCUACGGCUAAGCCUAUUCUUUACACGUCGGGCAUAAAGGCGGCUCAAAUUUCGGGCAGAAACAGCCGCGCGUUGCGAGCAGCGGAAUAGCCAAGGAAGCCGCCAUGGCGGUUCGGCUCCCACUUCGGACUUCCGCCUCUGUAUAGGUGUCAUGGCGUCAAAAAGCGGAAGUCGUGAAGAGGAGGAUUACGGCGAUAGGGAACGUCUCGCUCCUUCUCGCGGGACGUCGCCGUCCUCCCCCUCCCUUCCCUUCCCCGGCCUCCCCCUUUCUCUGGACGCUCGCGCAGCUGCUCGGCACUCGCUAUAUAAAGGGGCGAAGCGAGCAGAGCAGGCGGCUGGCGGCUGCAGCCCAAGGGCCGCCGUGUAAGGCCGGGCCGCGGGGGGAGGGCGGCUUCGGAACGCGCUUUCCCCGUCAGCGGCGGGCGAGGGAGAGAGGGGGAGAGAAAGAGAACGGAGGGCGAGGGGAAGCCCCUGAGGCGAGACCGGGGGGAGGGAGGGGAAGACGGAGAGCGCGCGAAGUAAGGGGGGGAGGAGAAGAGGAGCCAGCAGUUUACCUCAGCUCGCGGUCUUCCCUUAAGAGAGAGGCGAGGGGGGUGGGGGGAGGGAGAGAAGUGCUUGAAGGUGCCUCAGCCGCCGCCCGCCCGCCUGCCUGCUCUUGCCUCAGCCGCUGCCUCGUUGGGGGUGUGCGGUGUCCUGCCCGGGGGGUUGGCGCGGGACAUGGCGAGCUCGGCUAAUACAAACCCCGUGGUAAGGACGCAAGGGGGAGCCUCGAGGCGGGGAGGCGGGAGGGCCGCUGGGCUUGUGUGGAGAAGAGGGAGGCGGUUGUUGCGGUGGUGAUGGUCGUAGUCGUAGUAUGGGCGGAGGGCGGCGGGAGAGAGAGAGAGAGCGCCAGGAGCGGACCCUCGCUCGGCCUCCGCCCGGAGCCACAGAGGAGGGAGGCGCGCUCGCUCGCUCUGUCUCCCUCGGAGCAGCCGCCGUCUCCCUCGCGCGCUGCUUCGGGGGUCACCGCGGAAGAGGCGCCGCGGGCGUCUCGAGGCAGCCUCCCGCUCAGCGGCUCUCCCCCCUCCGCGGAGGGCGUGGGAGAGACAGACAGACAGAAGCGGCGGGUUCCCCUGGCGCCUCUUUCUCUCCCGCCGGGGCGGUGGGUGCCUUUCUCUCUCCCCCCUUUUUGAGCGAGGAGGUUGGGGUGGGUGCUCAUUUUUUUUUGAAAAAUUUAAAUGUAUGUGUGUGUCGGUGACCAAAGGUUGAAAAGCACUUUUUAAUUCCUAACCCGGCAGAAGGAAAAAAAACAAAACCGAAGUGUCUCUUCCUCCUUUCCUCCUCUUCCCACCAACCCCCAUCUUUUCUCGGAAAUAUCUUUGACGUGCGCGAAAAAGAAAGCACUCUUUUAAGCCCGUGCGAGGUUUCCCCAGAAAAGGUUUUUAUUUAUCAUUGCUGUAACAAAUACAACGAUUAAGCCUCUAUUCCUCCUUUCCCGCCUCCCUUUUCUACGCUUCCCCGUCUCGGUUUAAUACUAGACGACACAGUUUCCCCGAGUCUCUCGCUUUCCACAUCGGUUUGCAAUAAGCAGUCACACGAAGGGAAAAACAACAACAAAAUAACCCUGCCCCUCUUAUCGUUAUUUCCCCGUUUCACAUUUUUUUUAAAAAGAACAAACUGAAUUCACUAAGGGGGAGAAAUAACACUCCCCCCCACCCCAAUAAACCACUGCUGACAAACCAGGGUCCAGGCGGCUCCGUUGCAGAUUUGGCCGCUCUUAUUUUGUGCUCUCAGAUCCAUCAUGGCUUCCCCUCGCUUUUCUCUCUCCCUGCUCCUUGUGUUCCUCCUCCCUGUGGCUGCCCUGUUUAUAUAGAGCCAUUGCCGCUCUCUAAUAUAGACUCUGCCAGGAUGGGAAGGUGCUUUCCAGCCCCACGUCACCGCCUCUCCAUUUAAACACCACAUCAGCCUUUAAAUAGGGAGAGAGCUGCGGAAAGCAGGCUGGGAGGUGCCUGCACAGCGCAAGCUGAAAGGAGCUCGCGCUCUCUCGUUCAGAAGCUGCCGCUCUCAGCUUUCAAAUUCAAUUUGCUGUGGCUGUUUGAUGGCAAAGCGGCUGGUGCAUUUCUGUCCUUCUAGCUGUUUUUUUUUUAAUGUAUAUUCGGUGAAAUAGAACAGUUUGUUCUGCUUUUUAAAGCAUUUACAAGCUCUUGCCUGAUCUUGUAUAUGUUUAUAAAGAACGAAGUCUGAGCUCAAUGGGGCUUAAUAGAAGUGUGUCAAGAAUUGUGGUCUUGCAUAGUAAAGCAAUAUUAAAAAUACUUGUGUGUACAUAUGUUUACAUAUGUCAAAGGAUAGAUGAAUUACCCUCUAUGCACAGGGUACAAUGAGAAAAAUAGUUCUUCUCCAGUUCUUAGUUUAGUUAAAUAUCAGCAGUUGAGUGUUCAGCCUUAUAGCCCCGUUGAAUUCAGUGCUGCUAAACUGUUUCAUUGUUGUGAUUCUAUGUACCUUGGAUUAAAUCCGAGUGAGCACAGUGGUGUUUAUAUCUAAGUAGACAUACAUAUGAUUUGUACUGUAAAACCUGCCACUUUUUAGUACACAUGGUGUGAAUUGUAGCUUUAGUCCCACUUGACAUCAGUUGAACUGGACUGAAUUGGAGCAGAGUACUUUGGUUUGAUUCACAUUUUGUGAAUCAAGGUUACUACAUACUAGAUCAGGGUUACAAUGGUUGGGCUACAAUUCACACCAUCUCUAAUCAUUUGCCAUGCUGGCUGGGGAUUACUGGAAUUGUAGUCCAACAUAAUCUGGAGGGCCAAAGGUUUCCCAGCCCUGCAUUAAUUGUCUUAUUGCUAGAAGUGCUAAGAUUCUCUGGAAUGUUAUACAGAUGUGAUGGUUUAAUAACUUUUUAAAAAAAUAUAAUUUUUUGAGACAAUUAAAGAAGUAUCCACAAGGAUUAUCUGUGAAACAGUAGUUCAGUAAUUUAAAAAUAUAUCUAGAAGUGUUUUGAAAUAUUGCUAGCAUAGAUCUCAUUUAAUAAGCUGGUCUUAUCUGUGACUUUUUGCAGCCUAAACUAUAUAGGUCUGUGAUUGAAGAUGUCAUUAAUGAUGUCCGAGAGGUCUUUCUGGAUGAGGGUGUUGAUGAACAGGUUCUUGUUGAACUGAAAACAGUAAGUUAUGUUCACUACAAAUUACUUGCUGUUUGCAAGCUUGUAGCAGUCAAUGCAUAAAACUCACAGCUUGAAGGGCUGUAUGCUGUAAAUAUUUAUAUAGCAUGUCACUCCAAGUAUGCUGCAUACAUUUGCAGAGAUUCUUCCUUAGAGCACCCCCAUAAUGGAAGACAUUGCUACUCCUGAAUUGCAGGUGGAGAACUUAACUAAGGCCACCUAGUAAAUUCAAGGCUGGAUUAACAUUUGAACUGGGAAGUUGUAGCCAUUGCUCUACAUCAACUCUUCAAAGCUUUAAAUGCUGCUGUUAAAUAUAAGUGUUUUAUAGUGGUUUUCAUAAUUACGUCACCUUUCUUUGAAGAAGAUCUAAGAGUAUAAUGGUUUUAAUGUGACUGCUGCUUAAUGACUUUGCAAAUAUUAAUAGUAUACCUUGAACAUUUUUCAUUAUCAAAAUUGUCUUCCCUCCAUUGUACUGAGAGAAAUUUUCUUGCAGUUUAAAUUUUCAGUAAAUGAACAAUGUAAUGUGUGAAAUGAAAUUUUAAAAAAGUUUUAGAAUAUCUCAGGAAUUCCAUUCAGUAAUAUUCAUCCAGGAAACAAAAUAUUUCAUUCCAGUAAAGAGCAAGCUUUGUAUCUUAGCUUUAUUAGCUUGGUGCAGAAUAUUUUCUAAUGGCUGUUUAUGACAUCAGAAUAGAUGCCUUUUUUACUAUGUUGCUGAUGUCCCUUAGAAACUGCAUGUCUGGAUGUUGCUAUCAAUAUGGAUAGGAGUGAAAGGAGACUCAAAUACAGAAUGGAGCCAAAUUAAUAAGCACUAUAUAGGUUCCUUUUAUUUUCCAGAGGAUUUCGGGUCACCUCCCUUCAAAAUGAAUAGAUAAGAAAGAGUACAUUGAAUCAGUAAUAAUGUAGAGAGUAUAUAGCUGAUAUAUGUAAAAAGAAAAGUGUCCUUAAGUGAAUCUUGCUUAACAAACACAGCUGUGGGAAAACAAGCUGCUGCAGUCCAAGGCUGUAGAUGGAUUUCAUUCAGAGGAACAGCAGCUUUUGCUGCAAGUUCAGCAGCAGCAACAACAGCAGCAGCAGCAACAACAACAGCAGCAACAACAGCAACAGCAUGCUCAUCAUCACCAUCACCCACAGCCACAGCCAACAGUUCAGCAGCAGUCCCAGACACAGCAAGUCCUUAUUCCUGCAACACAGCAAGGUAAGAACCGAGUUCCUUUCUGGAUCUGAGGCUUUGUAAAGUUACAGCAAUGUUUCAUACAAAGAAAAAUUAACAGGAGUACAAGUUCUCAAUUCCUUCUUUUCAAUUUACAUGUUGUCUUCAGUGUAUCACAACUAGCCAUAUCUCAGUGGCAAAGCACCUGCUUUGAAUGCAGAAGGUCCUAAGUUCAAUCCCCAGGUAGGGCUGGGAACGUCCUCUGUCUGAAAUGCUGGAGAGUUACUGCCAGUCAGUGUAGACACUAAGUUGGCCAGUGGUCUGACUUGGUAUAAAGCAGAUUCAUUUGACCUUAAUUGACUGAUAUUUCCCCAUCUUAAAGUGUCAGUUGCUCAUAAAAUGUCCUUCAACUUACUUACUAUAAUUUCAAAUAUUACUGGAUGUCGGGGCUUUUUUCAGCCGGAACUCACCGGAACUCAGUUCCAGCACCUCUCAGGUGGGUGCCUUUGCCAUUCUAAGAGAACGAGGGAGGUGUUCAUUGUGAGUUCCAGACCUCUUUUUCUAGAAAAAUAGAACUGCUGUAAGUGAAGACUGCAAGUGUGAGGUGCAUAGUAUGAGGAGCUGUUCUAGUGUUUGCAGGUGGUUGUUUUUAGGACAGACCUCCAAACUUUUUGAGUCUUAGAAAACAUUUAGGAGAGUACAUUUAAGGGAGCACCAAAAAUUCAUUUCACAAAAGAAAAAUUGGUGAAUCUUCCCCAAAUAAUACAAAACAUGUACAUUUGCCAAGUAAACCCCAAACAUGCAGGCACUACUACUCCCCAAACAAAAAACUGGGAAGGCAGUGGACCUCAGUAUGGGCUGGAGGUGUUUGUCUCAGUGCCCUGUGGUGUCCACAAGUGCCACAAUAAUUUAGGACAUGACUGGGCUUAGCAUGCGCUAUCUCAUAGUAUGAAUUUCUACAAAGAUCAAACGUGUACACCAGUAAGGCAAUUCAGAUUUUUUUAAAUUAUUAAAACAAUACUGUAUUUCCUUAGUCUGGACGAACGUAACAAUUGUUUCAUCUUACUGAUUUUUAGGAUGAUUAUCUCCAAAUGGCAGCUGUCUAAUAUGACAUAUCCAUACUGCUGCUAAAAUGUGUGCAGGUGGUACAUAAGUGCUAUCUCAAGGACUAAUGUUUAGAUUCUGUGCAAUGCCUAAGUAACAAUGAAUGUCUUAUGCUUUACACUCUCUAGAAAUGCCCCCAGGUCUCCAAACCCUGGGUACAUCUUCCCUACAUUUUAUUUUACUUCCACAAAAUAAAAUAUUCAGUAAAGGUAAAGGACCCCUGGAUCGUUAAGUCCAGUGGAGUUCGACUGUGGGGUGCUGCUCUCACCUCCGCUUUCGGGCUGAGGGAGCCGGCAUUUGUCCACAGACAGCUUUUCUGCAUCAUGUGGCUACCAUGACUAAAUCACUUUUGGCGUACAGACCACUGAGACAAGUGCCAGACAGUAUGGAAACACCAUUACCUUCCUGCCGCAGCAGUAAUUAUUUAUUUGCUCGCACUGGUAUGCUUUCUAACUGCUAGGGUGGCAGGAGUUGGUACAAAACAACCGGAGCUCUCCCUGUUGCGCAGAUUUGAACUGCCAACCUUACGAUUGGCAAGCCCAGGAGGCUUGGUGGUUUAGACCACAGCACCGCCCACAUCCCAUAAAAUACUCAGUACAUGCCCAUCCAGCAAUUGAUCUGCUAGCAAGAGCUAUUUCUUAAUUGCUGCCACCAGCAAUUACAAUAUUUUUUAGUGGAGAUGGGCAACUCUGAAGUCUUAUGGGGGAAUUCAUGCACUUCUGAUCAUUCCUAUCAGUGCAAGAAUUUCUGCUUGCCAGAGCAGAUUUGGGGGAGGCGAGGGAGGAAAGCCCCAUUGCACUGGGUUUGGUUUUUUUUAGUGUGCUAGCUUCGUUGAAUCUGGCACUUAGAGUAAGCCACUUGGUUGACUUGAGGCAAUCAUGUGGUAUAGGCCGGGGAAUGAGCUACCUGCUUCCUCCAGGUUGAAUUGGACAUAAGGCCAUCAAGCAAUCUAGGUAUGCUCUCAAAAUAUGGGAGCUAGUUAAAUCCCUUAAGCAAAAGACUUGUUCAGUUAAACAUUUGCUUACAGAGAACAAACAGAGCAAGUUUUACUCAGAGUAGACCCAUUGAUGUUAAUGGGGCCCAUUUAUAUCAGUGGACCUAACUUGGUUGUGAUCAUUCAUUUCAAUGGAUCUACUUUGAAUAGAGCAUAGUUAAAUACCACCCAAUAUAUAAAAACUACUUAAGAAUGUUUCUUUCAUCAUUUUUUGGCUUCUAUGGCUUCAUUAAGCAGGGUUUGUUAAAUAAAAUGUGUAGUUCCUAAAGUCCCAAAUGGCCUCCCAUGCUCUGAAGAAGCUCUCAUCAGCCUAUGUGUCUCCAUGCCAGCAUCAGUUAGAAUCUUUGUUUCAAGUGACUUUUCAGCCUUUUUCAAAUGUAAGGCUUCUGUUUCAGAAUAAACCACCAGCACCCUGGACCAAUUAGAGCUGGAGAUGCAAACAACUAUUUUAUUGUGACCAAACCAGAUACGGUUAUCAGCAUUCUGAUUUACUGCUUUGGCACACUGGGCAGGUUUGAAGAUUGGCUAAAUCUAAACCCCAUCUGCAUUAGACAAAAACAGAAGUUUCUGUAUCUUUCUCCCCUCCCCUUUUACAGAAGUAAUUGCAGCUUCAGGUAGAGGGGGUGCAUUUUAGAUGGAGGAAAACAUUCAACACUCCUCAAACGCCCUGAUGUUUUUCAGAUUAGUAAAACAAACCAGGAGGUAUCACAUCUAAUUUAGUACUCAGUUAAAUUGAGAAUCUUAAACCAAACAGGCAGACUAAGCAGAAUACACAACUUCCUUACAUUAUGAUUCUAAUGUAAUUUGCACCUGCUUUUUAAUUGUAAUAUUUUUAUAACCCUCUUGGGUCAUUUGGUAAAGGGUAGGCUGUGUUGGGAUACUGCCAGGGAAACACAGUCCAUCAUGGCCCCCAAGCCGCCUCUGGACGUCCAUCGAUCUCCCGUAGACACGCAGUAUCAGCAAUUAGCGACAUGAGCUCCAGAAAUAGCCUAACAUCUAGAGCCAAUGCACGCUCUCUAUCAGCAGAUAAUGCACAGCAGAAGUCGCACUCAGGAGAGCAUUAUUUACAAGUUUUAUUCAGCGUUGGUCAGAACAAAGAAAAACAUGACUGCCUGCUUCAGUGUCUCUGACACAGAGAGAGAAAAACAAACAACACAACAGAAACAUCCUGUGGAAACAGGAAAUAUGCAGACUCUGACUCACAAAGCCUGCUCCCUUUUAAGGUGGAACGGAAAUAUCCUAACAGGCUGUGAGUAUAAACCAGAAAUAAAACUUGCUUCCUGGGGUGUCCUUAUCAUGAGGCAGGAGUGGCAAACCAUUCAAUCUGUGUAACAGAUAUAAUUAAAGAAAGAAAACACAAACUGCUAAGCUAUUAUACAAAAUGGAGUCUUGGACUUUUAAGAUGGCUUCCCUCAUACCAAGUUGGCCAAACAGUAGUGCUCAUGUUCAGCAUAGGUCAGGCUCAUCACACCCUGCUUAUCACUGUUCUUCCUUUCUCUGUUAGGAUUUUAGGUCCUUGGCUUAAAAUGUUUGGAAUAUUGUAGUGGAUAUGAUCUCUUCCAUAUAAUAGUAAAGGAUAUGAACUUAAACUAAAAACUCACCUCUCUUAGCAAGCACAGAGGUAAAACUGAACCUUCUGCAGUGAGUGUGAUAAUUGCCAUACACCUUUUCAAGACUUCUAAGUUUGUUAGGAAUUGUUUCUACUGAGGUAUGUAUCUGGUGUUGGUGUCCACAAUAUAAAUAGAUUGUGAUAUGGAAAACCUCAUUUGAAGAAGAAACAUUGUUGGUUAAUAUUCCUUUAACUGGGUUACUAGUUUAGUGGAUUAUGGGAUUGCUGUGAGUGUAAUUUAUCUGGCUUUUAGAAAAAACAUUUGAUGACGAAUAUUUUGGUUAACAUUGGUUAAAUGCAAACUAGAUUAGUGUGAUUUCAGGUGAAAUACCUGAUUGGAAAACCAUGCUUUGAGAAUGCUCAUAAAUGUCUCCUUAUAAAACUGGAAGAAAGUUUUGUGUGGUACAGGGCUCUGUCCAGGGUCUAAUGUGCUUCAAUAUUUUCAUCAGUGAUUUACAAGAAGAGGUAGAGGGAAUUCUUAAGAAAUUUGCAGAUGACCCAAACCUGCUGUGGCUAGCUAACAUCUCAGAAGACUAAAAUAAGAUUCAAAAUUAUCUUGAGGGAAAGGAAACAUGGGCUGAAAUUAACAAAAUGCAAAAUUCUGUAUUUCCGGGGUGUGUGGUGUGUAAAAAUGCAUAGGUACAGAAUUGGAGAUCCCAAGUCACAAGACUUGUUCCACUUUAUUGUGCUGUAAGUACAUGUGAAAGCUUUCCAAAAUUGUAGUCAAUCACAAGCUGAACAUGAAACAGGGAUACAGCUGCAGAAAAGCUUAUAGAAAUAUAGUUUCCAAGUCACAGGAAAUAAUAGUUCCACUUUAUUCUGUGCUAGUGAAAUCUCAUCUGGGAUAUUGUGUCCACUUUUGGACACAAUACUUUAAAAAGGAUAUAGGCAAAUAAGAAUGGGCUUAGAGGAGGGCAACUAAGAUGGUCAUGAUGGAAAAUGACACCUUUGAGGAAAGAUUGAUGGAACUAGAUAUGUUUAGCCUGGAAAAGAGAAGACUGAAUGGAGACAUGAUUGCAUUCUUCAAAUACCUGAUGGUCUGUCUCAUAGAAGAGGACAAAGACUUGUUCUCAACCUCUCCAGAAGACAGGAUUAGAUCUAAUGGGAUUCAAUCACAAUAGGAAAGAUUGUGGUUUAUUGUUAGGAUAACUUAUUGAUGGUAAACGGAGAAUUAUUGGAAGUCUUUGAGCAGAUGUUGGUUGGAUGCUUCAGUUCUGGAUUUCAUGCAUUGAUUGGUGGGUUGGACUAGAAUGCUAUAUAAGUCCUCACACACUAUUCUAUGAUUAUAGUGUUAAUAAUCUAUGGCAAAGUAUUCUGUGGUGAUUCAAGCAUUGAUUACCUUUUUCUCAUGUGUUGUAGCACCUCAACAACAAGUUAUUAUGCCAGAUUCCAAGCUGAUACAGCACAUGAAUGCAUCGGGCAUGGUAAGAUUAAGCAGUUUACCUUUAAGGCAAGCAUGCCGGGACCCAAUUAGGAAAGAUUGUUUGUGACCAAGCCAAAUUAUAGUGUGCAUAAAGAAAAACUAAACCCGCACUGUACAAAAUAACAUUAAAUUUUAUAAGCUUAUGCCUCUUUUUCAGUGACCGUUUUGAAUGUUUAGUCUUUUUUAAAAAAGCAGAACACUUAUGGUAGUAGCUAAAUGUAUUAUAUAGGUUAUAAAUUGUGUACCACUUAUCAAGAAAAAAAUCUUAAUAUAAGGUCUAAAUAUGGACCUGGUUUACAUAAUCACUUUAAGUCAUAGAUAAACAUAAACUGGUGAAUACACAAUGUGAAGGUGCACAGGGCAGAAAUAAUGGGCUCUUCACUCCACCACCACUCCUUCUUUCAGGAGCUAACCCAUGGUGUGGCUCAGAGGUAUGUCAGAACACAAGCUCAUGUCCCUGUUUUUCAGUCUCAUGGUUUUCCAGAAUUCUGAAUAGAUUGUCAAUUAUUAUUUCACAAGAAAAUAUUUUUAUAGAAUUUUACAGGUUAAAUCCAUUGUGUCCUUUUUCAUGAACAGCAGGGCUCCUCCUCCCUGUGGAAGGGAUGUGAGUCAGUGGAGGUUCCUGCUGGUGGAAGUUGAGGGAGGUGUUUUUUGCCUAGUGCCCCAGCAGCUUCCUGUGCUGCCUCCUACACUAUCCCAGAGUCCCUCAAUUCUCCAGAGCAGCUUUUUAGGAGACGGCAGAAAUAACGAGCUAAAAUUGCACCCCCAGUUUCCUCCUCUAGUCCAUGGCAACUCUGGAUCCACUCUGGGUAGACCUGUUGAGUGAACUGGAAGAAAAGGGAAUUAAUUGUUUAAUAUUUGUAUUUAUAAAAUAAACAGUACUAUAACUGACUUAAAAGCCAUACUCUUACAAGAAGUGUAAGAGUAUUGUAAACUGCCUUGUGAUUCUCAGAUGAAGGGUUGUAUAGAAAUUUAAUAAAUUAAGAAGUGCUCAAAGCAGUUAAAAAUUUGGAUGGAAGAAGAAAGCUGUUGUUAUUCUAAUAUAGAGACACGUAAUCGGCUAUUGAAAUCCAUGUGCUGUUUCGUCUUAAAUCUGAGUUUUCAUUAUAUAAUUUAUUUUUGCUGCUAAACUAGUUUCUUAUAUUUCAGAGUGCUGCAGCCACUGCAGCUACCUUGGCUUUGCCAGCUGGGGUUACUCCUGUUCAGCAGAUACUCACAAAUUCAGGUUUGUUUGUUUGUUUGUUUCUGUAUGUGUCAAUAUGCAUUUCUAUAGUGUUAUACUUUAGAAUAUCAAACAUAAAAAUGUAUCAAAUUAUAUAUUUUGGAAGUGGAGAAUAAGAAGCAUAAAAUCAAAGCACAUGGAGGGGAAGGAAAGGGAACCACUUGCCUCAUGGUCUUCUCCUGACUACCCACCAUGCUAAAGUCACCACCACUUGUUCUGUUUCUUGGGAGGCAAUCCUGCAAUCUUCAUUAUCAGAACGUGGGGCAUGAAGACCAUAGACCAGACAUGUGGGAGGGCAGGUUAGCAACUUGUUAAGCUGCAUAUUCACGUUAGCAUGGUAACUGCAGGAGGAGGAGGAGAGAUGCAUGUUCUGCUUGCCCAAACGGUAAAUGAGAUCUCUCGGUGCUCAGUGCCAAGCCAGUGCGGGGGCAAUUGUGUAGGAACAGCCACAAAUGCACCACACUAUGCUGUUGAGCCUCCAAGAGUCCUCUAGUUAAUUAAUAAUGCAGACAAAAUGUAAGGUUAGAUGAACUUAGAAUCAUAGAAUCAUAGAAUCAUAGAAUCAUAGAGUUGGAAGAGACCACAAGGGCCAUCGAGUCCAACCCCCUGCCAAGCAGGAACACCAUCAGAGCACUCCUGACAUAUGGUUGUCAAGCCUCUGCUUAAAGACCUCCAAAGAAGGAGACUCCACCACACUCCUUGGCAGCAAAUUCCACUGUCGAACAGCUCUUACUGUCAGGAAGUUCUUCCUAAUGUUUAGGCGGAAUCUUCUUUCUUGUAGUUUGGAUCCAUUGCUCCGUGUCCGCUUCUCUGGAGCAGCAGAAAACAACCUUUCUCCCUCCUCUAUGUGACAUCCUUUUAUAUAUUUGAACAUGGCUAUCAUAUCACCCCUUAACCUCCUCUUCUCCAGGCUAAACAUGCCCAGCUCCCUUAGCCGUUCCUCAUAAGGCAUCGUUUCCAAGGCAACUUCUUGGUCUGAUUCAGCAAGGCAGCUCACAUGAUGCAAAACUAACAUGUCUAAACAGUAAACUUGUAGGGUAUCAAUAGACAUGUCAUUGAGUUAAGAAUUUUCCCAGUGUAACAUUAUUGGUUUCCUUUGUAAAAAUGCUUCAGUUCAUGUGUGUGUGUGUCAGUUCAUUGCAUGAUUGGCUCUUGGGUCAAGAGAAAGUUCCACAAGUUAAGUGAGAUAUUCAAAUGGACUCAUUUUGUUACAGGCCAAAUCCUACAGGUGGUUAGAACUGCCAAUGGAGCUCAAUACAUCAUUCAACCACAGCAGCAAGUGGUUCUACAGCAACAGGUUAUACCACAGAUGCAACCUGGUGGGGUACAGUCUCCUGUUAUUCAGCAAGUAAGAUUGUUUGGUUAACUAAGUGGAAUCUUCCAGGUCACUUUGCAGGUAUCAUGUUAGCACAAAAAUGGGAGAGUUAAUGGAAAGGAGAUGGGUGUGAGAAGUAUUUAUAUAAUUAGGGACAGAGCAAACAUUGUUUUUAUUGUGACUGUGGCAUAAUUGAUUUCAGUAAAGUUAAACAAUGACUCACUUAAAAGAUUAAACACUGCUGACACCUUGUAGAUGAAGAAAUGAAUGGUGUUUAGUUACUGAACUAGUUUUAUGUAUACAUAAUAAAGCUAGCACAUUGCUUUCUUCUAUAACACAUCAGCAUAAUGAAAUCAAGCAGGAUUAGGGGCAGCUCUUUUUGGAAACGGCUUCAGUACAAUCCCUUAUUGCCUUACCCAUCUGGUCUGUGUUUGAGGAAAGAGGCUAACGUGGAUUUGAACAGUCUAAACAAAUAUGAGGUGUCCUGACUAGAGAAUGCAUUGCUACUUAUGAAGGUGCAGUAGAUACUUCUUAGUCCUUUUUUAGCUGCUGCUACCUUAUGAAGCAAAACAGUGGAGACAAACUUGAGUCCUCCCUCUAUUGCACUGGAGGAAGAUAGUGGAAUGGAAGGAGGACUCAAGUUUGUCUCCAUUCUUUUGCUUUAUGAGGUGGCAGCAGCUAAAAAGGACUAGGCAGUGUCUAAUGCUAGCUGUUAAUCAAAUUAGGCUAUAUUUUAAUAAAUGCCAAGUUCUUAAUAAUUAUUUCCUCAAUAAUUAUUGAACAUAAAUAUUCAUAUGCAAGGUUUGCAAGAAACAGAAGUAGAUUGUCUUGCUUGUUUUAUUACAGAAACAAAAACUGAGACUUAAGUAGGAAUUAUAGCUGUGAUACAAUAGCUUUUGUUUUAAUUAUUUUUGCCUAGGUUUUGGCUCCUAUUCCUGGAGGUAUCUCACAGCAAACGGGAGUGAUUAUCCAACCCCAGCAGAUCUUAUUUACAGGAAACAAAACCCAGGUAAUACCUACAACAGUGGCUGCACCCACAGCAACACAAGCACAGAUUCCUGCAGCAGGUCAGCAGCAACCUCAGCAGCAAACAGCACAGCCACAGGCACCUUUGGUGCUACAGGUAGAUGGAGCGGGUGACACAUCAUCUGAAGAGGAGGAGGAAGAGGAGGAAGAUUAUGAUGAUGAUGAAGAGGAGGACAAAGAAAAGGAUGGAGGCGAAGAUGGCCAAGUUGAGGAGGUAAAUUUUGAGGUGUCUGCUUCGAUUAGACUUUCACAGCACAUAUAGAUAACAUUAAUGUGUUAAUUCUAGCUGAGUUGGUUGUAGGAUAGGAAAAAAAUCUGCUCUUAUUAGAUAAAUGGGUUUGAAAGGUUGGGGAAGGGAGCUCAAAGUGGUGAGCUUUUGUCAGUUAAAGAAUAUGCAUGACUAGGUAAUAUGCACAUAUGUAUAUUUUAAAACUGGUGUCUUCAUUGUGUAGGACUUCUAUAUAAAUGUGUAAUGUUUAAUGAAUUGGGUCAUCUGAAUACUCAAAUAUUUUCUAGGAGCCUCUGAAUAGCGAAGAUGAUGUGAGUGAUGAAGAAGGGCAGGAAUUAUUUGAUACUGAGAAUGUUGUUGUGUGCCAGUAUGACAAGGUAAAUCUGACAAAUAUGAUUUCUAAAACCUGCAUUGCCUCCUGCAAAAACCAUAUACUUGAGUGAAUACGUAUAUUUUUUAUGUUUGUGGUAAAAACCUCACUUUCCUAGUACAGUUUGCUGACAAUUUAGAGCUGCAAUUCUUAGUAAAUUUAAGCAGUUAGAAUCAUUUAUUUAAAACUUUAAAACAUGUCUCCAGUUAAUUUUACAUGAGCUUGUAAAAGUUUAUUAGAAGUAUGCAUAAUAUGGAGAUAGGGAAUCUUUUUCAGCCUGAGGGCUGCAUUGCCUUAUUGGCAACCUUCUACAGGCUGUAUGGCUUCAGCAAAUGGGACACAAGGAAAAUGUGAGUGUGGCGCAAUGGAUAUGAUGCUUAUCUCUUUGCAGUGGUCUACAUACCAGCCAGCAAAAGUCAGAGGUGUUCUCACACAUUCAGUCACUUGUAUACACACAUAUGGACACCUCGGUCUGCAUCCUCUAUCCAAAUAAGUGGUGUUGAUCACAGUUCAGAGAUGCAUUCCAUCCACUCAAGUAGGGUGCAGGGCUGAUGUGGAGUGUGGUUUGGGGAGGGGGCAUGGCCUAUGAGAGUCCAAAGAGCCCAAACAGUGAGGCACAAAGAGCUGCUUUUGUUGCGCCCAGGUUCUCUUCCCUUGGUUAAAAAAAGGGAUCUUACGCUGCAUACAGCAGUGUGUGAGCCCCUCUGUGCCUAUUCCCUCUGACUGCGCAUCUUAGAAGGGCUUUAGGGCAAUGUCAUACAAUACAGUGUCAUGUUGAUUUGAAGUUACUCCAGGAAGCAUGGCUGCUUCCUAGAGUGGUUUCAGAGCAUCACUCUGAUGAAACCCUUCCUACUAGGGUUAGUGGAGGGAAUGUGUAUAAAGCAGUUCACAAACCUGUGAGCAGCAUAAACCCCUUAUUUUAGGGGGUUUCUUGUACAUGAAAGACCAGAGAUUGAGAGCCAGAAGGAACCUGGUUUGAGCUUCCCUCAAAGUGGACAUAAUAUCUGUCUAGAAGCUCCUGUGGAAGGGGAAGAGGUAUUUUUUUGUGAGAUCCCUUCUACCUCCAGCUACCCUUCCCAUGCUCUUUUGGGUAGUUUAUCCAUCCCUCCAGAGCAGAUUUGGGUGGGAGGUUUUUGUUAACAAAUGUUGUAUUUUAAGCUUGGGGUGUUUCUCUUCAACUUUGGCUUCCCUCCUUCAACAGAUUCAUAGAAGUAAGAACAAGUGGAAGUUUCACCUCAAGGAUGGAAUCAUGAAUCUUAAUGGAAGAGAUUAUGUAUUUUCCAAAGCUAUUGGAGAUGCAGAAUGGUGAAGUUCCUUACACAUAACAAACUCAAAGCAAAAGCAGGAGAUUUUGAUUCUUGGACAUAACACUUCAACAGAAAUCUAUAUCUGCGCAUCGGAAAAGAACAGUAGAACCGAGACUGCUAGAACAAAGAAAUAGCAUGGCAACGUUGACACUACUUCAAAUGGGAAAGCUGAGGCAUUGGUGCAGCUAGCUAUGCCUGAAAGCUGGUUUUGUAUUAAUACCUUAAUUAACCACUUCUUCCUAUAGAUAAAGGUAACUAGCAUGUGAGGCUUAAUCUCCCCAUACACUGAUUUGAAGGAACUCUUCUUUUUUGGUAACAAUACUAUGGGAAAAGCUUAGUGUGUCUUGUGUAUAAAUUGUGCUGACCCAUUCUUUCUAGGAGUGGGGUUGGUGAGAAUCUUGCUUAAACUUGCGUGGAGGUUUCUAACCAAACAGUAAGGACUGAAGCAUUGAGUUCUAAUAAUUACCUUGUAUGAGUAAAACUAUUUUUAAAGCCCUCGUGCUGGGUCAUGCAUAAUAAUUUUAUCUACAGUUUUAGGCCUUUUAUAUAAAUUUUGAUCCUGGUACCAAAAUCCUCAUUUGUAUUUUAAAUUUAAUAAUUCUGAAUCUUUCAUUUAAUGCGAUGUUGUAUUUUAAAGGGUCUACAGAUGGAAGCUUUUAAUGUCUCGGUCUUCCUGCUCUUUCGAAAGGUCUUUAAAGAUUGAGCAAAUCUAGUCUGCUAUGUGCUGAAUUAUUGCUUGUCAGAAAUCAGUCUUUAAAAAUAUGAUUUCACUGGUUAACCUAAACUUAAUGUGUAUUCCCAUUGCCAAGUGAGUGUGCACUGCUGGUUAUGAAAUCAGGUUGCAAGUGAGUAUGUACUUUGGGAAAAGGUCUAUCUACAGCAUUGAAAGAGCUUCCACUUUCAUUUCAGUAAUACUGAAAAAUAUAGUGAACAAAAUCACCCUAGCUCUGAUAAUUGAACAAGUAGUAAUUGCUCAAUUAAUCAGUUCCUCAAUAAAUAGCAGAAAGUUGCUGUUGAGGCUAUUUUUUUCUGUGAUUGUGGCAGUGGUCUUUUGGAAAUUAGACUUUCAGAAAUGCAGGGCCUCUUUGCAAUAUGGUGGGGUUGAAGUUCAGGCCAGAUAAUGGAAGACAUGCACUUCCAGAUUUCCUGUGAUAAGAUCUGGAGGAUGCUAGUCACCUGAAAAACAGUGAAGAGCAGAUUACCCCCUUGCCCUUCUUUCAGUGCUUGUGUUUGUAUGAAAAAGGAAACUUAUAAAAAAUGUUUUUCUAUUAAAAUGGCCACUGUGUUUAAUCAGCACUAUGUAUUAGUUCCUUCCUCUUCUCUUCACAACUGUCUUCUUUGCAUUUUGAUUCAGAUGCGUCAGUUGUUCCCUGCUUACAGAAAAUCCAUGCAAUAAGCAGUUAGGUCUUUCUGCACCCAGGAUGUUGCUAAAGUUUAGCCAAAUUUGUCAGUACUGUUGUAUAGUGACAUUCAUAAAGCAUCAAGAGUUUUUAAAUGUAAACAUUUCCUCCCACUUUCUGAUACAAUAUAUAUUGCCUAUUAAACCUGCAUCAAUGGGUGCAGUUUUAGCUCUGAACUUGAAGGUGCGUGUAAGUACUUUAUUCCCACUGUGUAAAACAAUGUAGGUUUAAAAUAAUAUAUGCCACUACUUAACAUGCCAAGAUUGUGACUAUAUUGAGAUCAAUUGCCAUUUUCCUUGCAUCCUUCUGUAUCUUAUGGCCCACUCACAGUAUAUCCUAGUUUUUAAGUAUGAUUUAAUACAAGCUUCAGACCAAUCAUAAAUAUUGCACUGUGAAACAAAUAGGCUGCAAUAGGCUACCAUUUACUAUUCAUUACUGGAACCCAGAUACUGUACAGAUGACUUUGCAUUGUGCACAUCAUGGGCACUGAACAGCUGCUUGUCUUUAGCCUUUUAUUUAUUUUAAAGGAUACCACAGCUUUAAAAGUGACCUACAGAUAGGCCUAUAUGGAAGCAGGCAUAGUGUCUUGCAAGUUAAUUGUGGGUAUGCUUUGAUUGGUGAGGGUGUUAACAAGUACCUGUGAAGUUCUUCUGAAAGCCAGUCACAACUUGUGCUCUUACUUGCUCCAUCAAGUGUUCCUUUUUAAAAUCAAAAAGUGUGUUUUUAAUUUCAUUUUAUUGUAGCAGCUUGCUGUAAGAAUUUAGUUUGCUUACACUUAUUGUUGUACUUGAAUUUUAAUCAUGGUUUUAACAAUGUAACUGAGCAGACCUUUUUGUUAGGUUUCCAUUGAAAAUCAUCAUUCCUUUUGGGAGGGCAAGGGGUCCCCAUGGUUAGUCUUUAAGCUUUUUGUCACUUGAUUCCCCCCCCCCCCUUUAGACUUGGAAUUUGUUUCUAUUCAGUAUCUUUGCUUCUGAAGCAAUUAACGGUUUGCAAGAAGGCCUUGUGUUUAGAUUUGCACAGAGAACAGGAGCACCUUGGCAGGGAUAUAGAGAAAGCAACUUCUAAAUGUUUUGAUCAGGGCAAUGGGAGAUUUACAGAGUGAUUACACAAAGGUGAGAGUCUUGUGCCUUUGCAAUCUUCAGGUAUUCCUGCUUUGCAUUGAUUGAUAUGUAGGACCGUUGGUUUCCUUUGGUUGUAGAUGUCCUACAGAGUUUCAAUUGUAACAAACACCAAGUCUAAUCUUACCAGCUUUCUAGUAUGUGCAAUCAUUUGAAACGUCUACAUUAAAGAUGGACUUUUAAGGAGGUUUUAGAUACUGUCACAAAUAACUUUAUAUUGGACUAUUUAAAUUUAAUGUGUAAGGUGUGUACCCCUCCCCGCUCCAGCUGCCUAGUGGCAACCAGAGUUUCCAUCUCCCUUUCUCCAACCUAUAUCAUAACCUGCUUUUUGUCAUUGGUCAUCUCCCUGGAAAUGGAUCAUGAUUUCACAAAUACAAAUAUUGUGCUAGCUGUCUUUUUCAAGGGGAUGAAACUUGUAAUUGAAGAACAGUUGCUAGAAAAAGCAAAGAACAUGCAACACGUGUGAUAUAUCCAGAUUUGUAGAAAUGUCAUAUUAAAAAUAGUGUUAGCACUUUGGGUUUUCAUUUUUGGUCUGUUCACAUCAAACAGCAACAAUGUCCCCAUGUUAUUACUGCUGAGUGAAAACUCUGUAGUUCCAGUGCAAGAGAGAGGAAAGAAAUAACUUUUCACUAGUUCACAAAUCCCUGCUCUUCUGCUUUAAAAAAAAAGUCUCUUUUGGCAUUGUUUUAUGGAGGCGGGGAACAAUCCCAAACCUGACAAAUUAUAAUUAGUUUGGUUCAUUGUAUUCAAGAUAGCAGACCUUGAGCUGAAAUGAGCUAUAUCAGUUGUAAUUUAAGAGUUAAGUUUCCAUUUUUGGAAGAUAUUAGAAUAUUGGUUGGUUGUUUUCUCCGUUUUUAAAGUAGGUCAGGAAUGUUCAGAAAUUUGGCAUUUUCCCCUGUGACAAAACUACUUGCUUAUUUUUUGAAUCCUUGAUUUGGAUGUUAACAAAGAACAAAAGGGUUUUGUUUUUUUAGUGGAAGGAUAAAAGCAGGCUAGCCACAUGUGAUAACAUCAUGCAUUAACUUGCUCCUGUGUGCCUAGAGUACCAAAUAAUUUAGGGAAGUGGAAAAUAUCCUUAGUUGCUGUUCUGAGCUACUAUUGUCAACUGCUGUUGUACAUAUACUGUUAUGUGUAAGGGGGUAAAUAUAUUUAUUAUGUUUGUAAAAUUCAAUCUGUACAAUUGAAGAUCAAGGAUGCUCUUCCUGGGAUGUACAGGAUGUGUUUCAAAGGCCAUGCUUGGAAUACAAUUAGAAAACUUAGUAUUUUGAUGUACUAAGACCUAUUUUAAGUUUAAUAUUUUGCCUUUGCAAAAACUUUAAUUAAAGAUGUUAUUUAAAAUAAGCUUGCCACUUUUAUUUACUAUUUUGUGUAUUAAAAUACUUUUAUGUGUAAUCUAGUUGUAUUCACUUUGUUAUGACAUGAUUAUGCAGAUGACAGGAUUAAGCAAGUUCUGAAGCUGUGAAAAGCUCAGCACUGGGUCAGAUGCAGAAAACAGACCGCAGCUUGACUUUUGCAAAGUUCUUAUUGAGCUGUAUAAGCAGACUGGAUUUUUAUUUGCAUCCUUACAAGUGAUUCAAAAGGAACAUGUAAAAAAGCACAAGGAAAAUUAAAAAAUAAACUACCAACAACUAGC